AUGUUCCGACCACUCUCCCAAGGAGGUAUGGGCUUACCUGACAUAAGAGGAUACUACCGAGCAGCGCACAUAGCCCCACUCCUCUCAGCAUUCCACCACAAGGAAGCGAUGGCCUGGGUAGAAAUUGAAACAAACUAUGCCAACGGACUUUCCCUUCCAACAAUGGCCUGGAUGCCGAAACACCAAAGACCAAGUAACAAAUCACUACUACCAACAACUCAACUAACUUUAACGAUAUGGGAUAACUAUCGCAAAAAGAUGGGCAUAUUGACGAAAAUAUCACCAGCCCUCCCACUAGAAGCUUUGGGAGUCAUCAUCACGGACUUCAACUACAAAAUAUGGAACAAACACGGCGUACGAACCCUAUCCCAACUCACGACAGACUCCCAUCUCAAACGUCUGCCAGACCUCCAACGAGAAUUCCACUUACCUGCAACAGCUGCCUUCCCCUACAGGCAACUGCAAGCCUGGUUCGCCCUACAGACAAGGAAAUUGGCGAUAACCUUCCUGGAGCCCCCCCUACUGGAAGUCGAAAAGAUAUGUCUAACAAUCAAACCAGCCAAGAAACUGAUCUCACUGAUCUAUACUUCAGAACACAAUCAACCCUCGAAAAAAACCCCAUCCUUUAAAACAGCAUGGGAGAAAGACAUCAAACACCCACUUACUGAAGACCAAUGGCAGAACAUUUACAAAGCACACAAACAAAUGACGCUUUGCAUGAACCAUGUGGAACUCUCCCGAAAAGUUCUCUACAGGUGGUACCUGGUGCCCACACGCCUCAAGCUCAGCUUCCCCAACACAUCAGACAUAUGCUGGAGAUGCCAGGCAGACAAGGGCACCAUGAUCCACAUCUGGUGGCACUGCCCGCAACUCACAACAUACUGGCUGGAAGUAAAGAAACUAGCAGCAAGAUGCACCAAAACGCACCUGCCACUCCUACCGGAAAUAUUUCUUCUACUACUACUCCCGAACAAACUGCGGAAAAGCCACAGAUACCUCCUCUACCACAUCAUCAUCUCAGCAUUAGCAACCAUAAGCAGGAAAUGGAAACAAACAACCCCACCGACAAUAGAACAAUGCAUCAAAGCGAUAGACGACUCCAAGCGCUACGAAAUGAUGGCACGGAAAGCGAGACCAAAAGCAGCAUACCACUCUACGGCAUGGGAAAUAUGGGACGAGAACAAGCUACAAUCCCGUAAAGGAGCUCAUACCCAACACACCACAUAAAAACACCAUAUGAGGACACUUACCCACUUCCUAACAACAUGCUCCACGAUGGCAGCACUUCCCUCUUCCUACCACAACCUCAACAAAAGAAUCAGAGGAAUCCACAUCCCGCUAAGUCACCCUGCCCCCCCCUCCCCACUCCCCCACUCCCCCACUCCCCACCCCCUCCCACCCCCCCCAAGGGAAUAAAUAAAAACACAGGCAUACCAGCUCACGACAUCCUCAUACACCGACCCACACUCUCAAGGAUAAACGAAAGGACCCAAGCAAACAGGUGA